AGGAGGCGGCGGCGGCGGCGGCGGCGCGCGCCCAGGUGCGGGCUGCGGGCGCGCGGCCGGCCGCUCGGGAGGCAUCAUGGCCGCGAAGUCGGACGGGCGGCCGAAGCGCAAGAGGAGCGGCGGCAGCGACGUGGCGUUCACGCCGCUGCAGGACUCGGAGCACUCGGGCUCGGCGCCGGGCUUGGCGGCCGUGGGCGCGGGGCCGUCGGGGCGGGGGGGCGCGGGCGGGCCGGCGGGGGGCGGCGGCGGCUGCUGCUGCGGCGGCGGCGGCGGCGGCGGCGGCUCCUCCUCGCCGGGCGCCGCGGGAGCAGGCGGCGCGGGGGGCAUCGGCAUCGGCGCGGGGGGCAUCGGCGCGGGGGGCGUCGGCGCGGGCGCGGGCUCGGCGCUGUGCCCGCGCCGGGGCCGCGAGCGGCGGCGCUACUCGCCGUGGGACGGCCUGUGGGUGCUGGCGGCCGUGGCCGUGUACCUGGCCGACGUGGGCACGGACGUGUGGCUGGCGGCCGACUACUACGCGCGCGGGCAGCGCUGGUGGUUCGGGCUCACGCUCUUCUUCGCGCUGCUGGGCUCGCUGGCCGUGCAGGCGUUCAGCUUCCGCUGGUUCGCGCACGACUUCAGCACCGAGGACAGCGCCGCCGCCGCCUCGGCCGGCGCGGGGGACUGCAAGGCGCCCGGCGGCGACGGCGACUCGCGGCCCGGCACGCCGCAGCGGCCCGCGCCCGGCGGCCCCAAGGCCGGCCUGGCCACCCCGGCCGGCGGCGGCGCAGGAGGAGGAGGAGGAGGAGGAGGAGGCGUCGGCGGGACCCCCCGGCGGCGGCGCCGCUCGGCGUCCUGCGCCUUCUGCAUCUGGCUCCUGCAGUCGCUCAUCCACGUCCUGCAGCUCGGGCAGAUCUGGAGAUACUUCCACACCAUCUACUUAGGUAUUCGGAGUCGCCAGAGUGGGGAGAAUGAGCGCUGGAGGUUCUACUGGAAGAUGGUGUAUGAGUACGCGGACGUGAGUAUGCUGCACUUGCUCGCCACCUUUCUGGAGAGUGCGCCCCAGCUGGUGCUUCAGCUCUGCAUCAUCGUGCAGACUCAUAGCUUACUGGCCCUCCAAGGCUUCACGGCGGCCGCGUCCCUGGUGUCGCUGGCGUGGGCGCUGGCCUCGUACCAGAAGGCGCUGCGGGACUCGCGCGACGACAAGCAGCCCGUGGGCUACCUGGCGAUGCUGAUCCAGUUCUGCUGGCACUUCUUCACCAUCGCGGCGCGCGUCAUCACCUUCGCGCUCUUCGCGUCCGUCUUCCAGCUCUACUUCGGCAUCUUCAUCGUGCUGCACUGGUGCGUCAUGACCUUCUGGAUCGUGCACUGCGAGACGGAGUUCUGCAUCACCAAGUGGGAGGAGAUCGUCUUCGACAUGGUGGUGGGCAUCAUCUACAUCUUCAGCUGGUUCAACGUCAAGGAGGGCCGGACGCGCUGCCGCCUCUUCGCCUACUACCUGGUGGUCCUGCUGGAGAACGCGGCGCUGAGCGCGCUCUGGUACCUCUACAAGUCGCCGCAGAUCGCCGACGCCUUCGCCGUGCCCGCGCUCUGCGUGGUCUUCAGCAGCUUCCUCACCGGGGUGGUCUUCAUGCUCAUGUACUACGCCUUCUUCCACCCCAACGGGCCGCGCUUCGGGCAGGCGCCCGGCGGCGCCGGCGAGGACCCGGCCGCCAGCGCCGGCGCCCACGCGCACGCCCACGCCUUCGCGCUGGCCCCCGACGCGCCCGGCAGCGGCACCCUGAGGUCCACCGGCCGCGGCGGGGCCGGCGAGCGCGACCAGAAGUUCGCCGAGCGCGACGGCUGCGUGCCCGUCUUCCAGGUGCGGCCCCCGGCCCCGUCCACGCCCUCCUCGGCGCGCGCGCCGCGCCUCGAGGAGUCGGUGAUCAAGAUCGACCUCUGCAGGAACCGCUACCCGGCGUGGGAGCGCCACGUGCUGGACCGGAGCCUGCGCAAGGCCAUCCUGGCCUUCGACUGCUCCCCGUCCCCGCCCCGGCUGCAGUACAAGGACGACGCCCUCCUCCAGGAGCGCUUGGAGUACGAGACCACGCUCUGA